AUGGCAUCCUAUCAAACAGGUAGCGAGGCAUUUGCCCAUGAAAACCGAGCGCAAUCGACUGCUAGUCUGCAAGGUGCCUGGGCGGACAAAUACCGCGGGGCUACUGUGGAAGAUCUGGACCCCCCACCAGCGCUCUCUGUUUCGCCCAAUGAUCCGAUCGCCGCUGCUUUGAUGACCGCUUACGAGCGCGACUACACCCACCUCACAGUGAUUGACGCGACGAAGCGAUCCCUCCUCGGCUACUUGAGCAUUCCCCGGCUGAAGGAACUCCUCCAACACGGCACUGUCAAGGAUACGGACGCUGUGGCUGUGGCUAUGCAGCGCUUCAACCGGAAGCGUGGCAUUUACCAAGUGAUCACGAUGGAGACUCCUUUGGAGGAAUUGGAGCAAUUUUUCGAAAGCGAGUCUGGGCCGAAUGGUGAAAAGCGGGAGAAGCAGCAAUUUGCGGUGGUCACUGAUGUCACUCGCAAGUUCGUCCUCGGAGUUGCCACAAAGUCUGAUCUGGAGGAGUUCGUGAAACGUAGGCCCGCGUAA